AUGUUCCGACUAGCGGUUCUGUGCUCUGUCGUAGCUCUCGUCGCUUCCCAAAAUAGCAGAUUUGGAAACAAUUUUUUCCCUUUAACCUCAAACCAAAAUCCCUUGCCUUGCGGUUUUUCAUGCACAAGGCAGGCCCGGUUUGCCGUAAACAUUGACAACCAGAUGACGACCGCUACAUGCACAGCUAACGCUGACCCACGAGAUCGCUGUAGCGGAUGCUGCCAAGCUCGUGCUCUUGCUGCCGGUUUGAAAACAACUGACGCUGCCGGCUUCCCAUCUACUAUGGGGAACGAUUGUGUGUGCUGCUUUUACCAAGUCUGUAGAGGAUGA